AACGUCCCUGGUUUACUUUCGAAGAUGAAAACAGCGGUCCUAUAAAAUACAGUUACGGCCUUAACCCCAUGAAAUGUUGGGUUUAGGUUUGGGGGAUAUGGUUAGGAUAAAUUGUGUUCAGUGGGCUACUGUUUUUACCCUCAGUUUUACGCUCCUGCUCAUCCGGCAAAAUUACACGAGAUUUCAGGGUUUCCUGUAUCUCCUCUAGUCACAAACGCAGGCGUGGCGUGGCGGCGCGCCAGGAAAGAACUCAUAUAGUAGCGGAAAUACUAAGAAGAAUCUUUUGUGACACAUAUUUUUAAGUUACAGUAAAUGCGUUGCUUGUGUUGAAAUUCUUCUUGAGCAAGAUAAGAUAAAUACGGAAAAAACAAAAUAAAGAUACGCAAGUUAAUGCCAUGGAGAUUCUACCAUUCUUAAAGACACCAAAGGGGACUAUUUUAGCUGCUGAAAUGCUCCUGUGUCUCCUUGUGGUUAUUUGUAAAGUAACUUAUGGAUGCUUCAUAUGGAGUGGCAUUGUAGAGCUGGUCUGGGCCGUGGUCACAUUUGUUGUUUAUUUCAUGGAUAUAUACAAAGACCUGAGGUUUUUCCCAUGGACGGACUUUUUCAGAGCGUUUACAGGCUCACUUUUUCUUCUUAUUACUUCUCUUGUCUGUUUGAUCGGGAAUCCCUCAGUGGCAGGAGAGGUUGUUGGCAACGUUUUUGGUAUGCUAGCAGCAGUGUUGUUUGGAUAUGAUGCCUACAAUAUUAUCAAAGGCAUCAGAAGCUUUAAAGAGCAGGGUGGCAACGUCGGUGAUGUGGUGAUAAUGUAAAAGGAUUAAAUGGAAUUAAGUGGGGAAAACUAAAAGCUCCAACCUAUCCUUCCACCCAUACGAUUGUUUCGGUCGUUUGUCCAUUCCCCAAAUACGACUAUCAGAUUCAUGCAUUUACUAGUUUAGUGCCUCUACCAGCAGCAGGUGAAACUUAAUUAUAUGAAACGGUAUAUUGGGGUAUAUUUUUAUAUAGAUUUAUAAGAAAAAAGACAGAAAAGUGAUCACAAUCCGCUGUAAUAAAAUAUCAGAUCCAGUGUACACUCGUUCAAAAACUGUGGUCAGAAGCAGCAGUGAUGCAUCAUAGUGUUCUGGAUUAUGUUUAAGUCAGAGCUAUUUAGAAAGAGAGUUCAAAGAAAGUUCAAAAAGCUUGUUCGUAACGUGAUUCAGACUUCAGUUCCUGGAAGCUUAUCGUGAGCCUUUGAAAUACCAUAAUAUAGAGGCAAAGAGCUAUGGUUUUUCCUAAUUAUAGUCAAGGAAUGCAUUGAUGUACAAUAUUAUAGCGGAGGCUGCGUCAGACAGAGUUAAAGCACGCACAGAGAUGAGAAAGGUAUGUAUGGACUUAUCUAACUCUGGGGGAUACGGUGAAUAAGCAAAAUUUCCAAAAUCUGGCCAUGUUCCUUUAACAUAUUUUUCACUGCCUCCAACAACUUUAAAUCUUUUAAAAACACAUCACACUCAUUUUUUUAACGUCUUAAAACUUUCAUCACGUUUAUCACAUUUAGUCUUUUCUGCUGCAGCUCUAUGGAGCUGAUAGUAACUUCUGGGAAAUUCAUGAAAAUAAAUUGCAGUAAAAAAAAAUAAACGGUUUAAUUGGAGUGAAUGUUGAUGCGACUCUCUUUCUAAAUGGCUCUUUGUUUGAAUGAGAUCUGAAUGUAUGUUUUGCAUUUAUGGACUUCUUCAUAUAAAGUGAUUGCAUGGCUUCAGUUUACAAGGCUUGUAACUCGCAUUGUUUGUAAUAGUUUUCUACUGUUGUUUUUUUAGUCAAUUUAUGCAUUAAAAACCUGUGACUGUA